AUGUAUAAUAAAGACAAAACAAGGCUAAUCAUGUGCUUAAAAAAGAGUGAUACUUAUAAUAUUCCAGAAUCAGUCCAAUAUAUCAAAGAAAAUGCAUUCAAAGGAAAUACUAUAUUAACUAAAGUUGUUUUUCAAUCAAAUUCAAACUUGAAAGAAAUCGGAAAGUCUGCGUUUGAAGAUUGCAGUUUGUUGUCAAAUAUUAAUAUCCCAAUAUCCACUAUUAAUUUCCUCGAUAAAGCAUUUUCUAAAUGCCGCGCGAUCAAAACGGUUUUCUUUGGAAAUAAAUUAGAAAAGAUAGAAGCAAACUGCUUUUAUUUAUGCACAUCUCUUCAAUCAAUAAGCUUCAAUCCUUGCGAUAAAAACGCUAGUAUAAAUGCAAAUGCUUUCCAAGGAUGCUCCAGCAUAACAUCAUUGACAUUAGCUGAAGGAAUUUAUAGCAUUGAUAUGUAUUGUUUCGCAGAUUGCACAAAAUUAGAAUCUGUAAAUCUUCCAUCUUCAUUGGUUUAUAUUGGAAUUUAUGCAUUUGCCAAUACAGCUGUUGAAACGGUCACAUUUGCAGCUUCGAGCUCAAUGACAAAUAUAAGUCAAUAUUCCUUCUCAGGAAUGAAGAAACUUCGUGAUAUCCAAAACAUUCCAUCCACGAUUGUCGAGAUUGGCUCAAAUGCGUUCGAAUUAACAAUGAUUUCUUCAUUUACAGUUCCAAUGUCAACAGUCAAUCUAUCAGACAGUGUCUUUCGUGGAUGCUCAUCCAUGACUGUUUUUACGAUUCCAUCAGACUGUGCAUUACAGAAUAUUGGCUAUUUCAUCUUUGAUGGUUGUUUAUCAUUACAACGAAUUGAGUGUAUCAACAGCGAAUAUUUUGUGGUUGACAAUGGUGGUCUUUUCAAUAAAGAGAGGACAUCAUUGAUUUGUUUUCCGCCAGCUUCACCAAUCAAUUUCUUCAGUUUCUCACAGAAUGUUAGGAGUAUUGCGCCAAGUGCUUUCUACAGCUGCAAGAAUCUCCAAGGUGUUUUGAUCCCAGAUAACUCUAUCUCCAGUAUCGGCCACUCCGCGUUUGCACACUGCACAUCACUGAAGUACAUCAAUAUUCCUCUUUGUGUCAAGACUAUUGAAUCUUCUGUUUUCAUCGGAUGCAGUAAUCUUCGCUGCGGCAUUAUUGUUCAAAAUACAUCAGUCUCAUUCCGACAAUCUUUGAUUGAAUCUAGUUUUCUCAGUCCUACCGUUCUCAAAGAUUGCGCAUUGAUCACAUGUAAAAACGAUUUUUUCAAAUCAUUAAUUCCUAACUCUUUUCUUUAUGUCUUUAUUAUAAUGUAA